AUGAUCAGGCAAAGCUACGGCCCCUACAGCAGAAGUAAGAGAAAGUCAAUCUGACAUCUGACGGACGAUGGGAUGAAUGUGGUGGUGAAGGUUUUGAGAUCUUGAAAAGAAGUUUUCCUGGCAUCUCUCAGACUCAAGCGAAUACAGUGAGAGGAGUUUGAAAAGAUGGAUUGUGACCAUGAGGAUGAAAAUGGUGGCCGGUUACCAGCUGGAUCAAAAUCCAGCUUUCGUGAUGAUGAGCUGCAAAACAGUUCAGCUCUUAGUACAUCAGCUUUUCAACACACUGAGUCGUCUGAUGUAAAAGACCUGGAAUCUACUAGAACAUGUCUUAAGGAUAGUGAACUAUCACCGACUGAUGAACUUUCUGUGAAGGAAAACUCAUGUCUUAUUUCUCCUCCGAGCAAAUCAAAACCGUUAGCAUUUGAUGUGCAUAUCAAAGAAGUAAAAGCAGAUGUGAAAAAGCCAUUUCAGAAUGUCCUAAACCCUCCCGAUGCUUUUCCUGUCUGUGUUCAACUACCCACAAACCAUCUUAAAAAGUCACAUAUCACUGAUUAUAAAGCAACACACCGCCAUCGCAAAAUCAGCCGGUCCUCCACCUCCACAUUGAGUCGUUUGAGCCUGAAAGCUCCUGUUGAAGAUCUGUGUGCAUCCUUUCUGUUGGCGUGUUUGUUCUGCAAGUUUUGGGAUUGCGUGCUGGCCGUCGGUGAUGGAUGUCAGUACUGCGUGGCCUCUAUCUGUUCAUCCUUCUGCUCUAACGCAUGCUGUUGUGACCCUUCCUCUCUGGAGGACUGUAUAGAUUUUUGCCCAUGUUGCAGCUGCACUGAAUUCAUGGAGGCUUGUGGCUGUAGUUGUGGAGAAAACACCUUUGACUGCUCUAUUUGCGAUAUCUGUCAACAGACAACUGAGUGUCUGGAACUAGGCAUGGAACUCUCUCAGCUUCUGUUUCACUAGCUGCUCAUGACAUCUCACACUCAUUUAUAUACUGAUCAUGACAAUCACAUAAAGCUGGAAUGGAAUGUACCAAAUGUAAUGUGCUGAUUUCACAAGCAUGUACAUCUGCUGGUUGAUCAUGGCUGUGAUACUGCAAGGCUGCAUUUGAUACUGCAUUCGAGGGAAAAAAGCAUAUGCCAUUUACGUCACCUGA